AUGGAGAAGAGAGGUAGUGCCGAACUUUUAAAUGUGGAGCAAAACAAUUCGAAAAAUGCCAGUUCCGAUUCUCUCAACUCUGACAGCAAGAGCAGUUCUCUCAACUCGAAGAUAGGUCAAGAAUCGGAAAGUUGGGAUAAAGCAUCGCAUUCUAAAAGCUUUUCCUCAAGUUCUACCUCAACAGACAAUAAUAUCGUGUCCGCUUUAGAAGCGAGAAAAGACAAUCAAGUAAAAAACUUAUCCAGCGGAGAAGCAGGCCCACCGCUUUUAAAUGGGGAACGUGUGCAAGGAAUCGCUCACGAGGUGACAUACGUGUGUCCUUACUCAGGACCGGUCAGGGGCAUUCUUAGUAUAACAAAUUACAAGCUUCAUUUUCGGAGCGUCGACCGUGAGACGCCAUACAUAGUCGAAGUACCCUUGGGCGUUGUCAGUAGAAUCGAGAAGGUCGGCGGUGCGUCCAGCAAGGGUGAAAAUUCUUACGGGAUCGAAGUGUUUUGUAAGGACAUGAGGACACUGAAAUUCGCUCAUAAACAGGAGAAUCAUUCCAGAAGGGACGUCUUCGAGAAACUCCAACAAUAUUCGUUUCCCUUGUCCCAUAAAUUACCUCUUUUCGCGUUCGAGUAUUCCGAGACGUUUCCUGAGAACGGAUGGAACGUUUACGAGCCCAUAGCCGAGUUAAAACGAAUGGGUGUCAACAACGACAUGUGGAAAAUAACGAAAAUAAACGACACGUAUUCGAUAUGCGACAGUUAUCCAGCCGUAUGGGCGGUACCCGCGGCAGCGACCGACGAAGACUUGCAGGCGUCGGCAGCCUUUCGAAGCAGAGGGAGGCUUCCCGUACUUUCGUGGAUCCAUCCGGAGAGCCAGGCAACGAUAACUCGUUGCGCUCAACCGCUGGUAGGCGUCGGCGGGAAGCGUAGCCGCGAAGACGAGCGAUACGUUCAGUUGAUAAUGGAUGCGAACGCCCAAAGUCACAAGCUGUUUAUCAUGGACGCCCGUCCGAUGCCGAAUGCGGUUGCGAACAAAGCCAAGGGCGGCGGUUACGAGAGCGAAGACGCUUAUCAAAACGCGGAACUCGUGUUCCUCGAUAUCCACAACAUACAUGUAAUGAGAGAGAGUCUCAGGAAACUGAAGGAGUUAUGCUUCCCGCAAAUCGACGAGGCUAGAUGGUUCUCGGGGAUAGAGUCGACUGUUUGGUUGAAGCACAUAAAGUACAUACUCGCGGGCGCGCUGAAGAUCGUGGACAAAGUCGAGAGCCACAAGACUUCGGUGCUGGUACAUUGUUCCGACGGUUGGGACAGGACGGCGCAGCUUACAGCUCUCGCCAUGUUAAUGUUAGAUCCAUAUUACAGAACUAUCAAAGGUUUUGAAGUGCUUAUAGAGAAAGAAUGGCUCAGUUUUGGUCACAAGUUUCAACAGAGGAUCGGCCACGGCGACGAACACCACAGCGACGCGGACAGAUCUCCGGUGUUCUUACAGUUCAUGGACUGCGUCUGGCAAAUAAGUCGUCUGUUUCCCAAUGCGUUCGAGUUCAACGAACACUUCUUAAUUACUAUCCUCGAUCACUUGUACUCUUGUAGAUUUGGCACAUUUCUAUUCAGCAGCGAACGCGAAAGAAUUCAGGAACAAGUGAAACAGAAGACCGUGUCGUUGUGGUCUUACACCAACAGUCAAUUGUCGUUGUAUCAAAACCCGUUGUACUGGACCCAUCCCAAUUAUCAGGUCAUUCCGAUGCCGAUCGCCAGCAUGAGAUACAUCAAGCCGUGGAAAAGUUUAUAUUGCAGAUGGAAUCCGAGUAUGCGGCAACAGGAUCCCGUAUACCAGCGAACGAGGGAACUUCUGGUCUCGAAAGAGCAGCUCGAGAAACAGCACCAGGAAGCGCUCCGCGAACAAGCCAGCCGAGCGAAUCGAACGAUGGCGUCACCGGGGCCACCGAGGAUACAUUCCCCUGUUCAUUCAUAGCACAGUAAGGACUCCUUUUCAUCGUUCAGCGGUCUAUAGUUAUUUAUACGUGAUACUUCCUCUCUCCCCGCUCGAGCUAGUGCACGAUAUCGGUCAAACUCACUUCGCUAUGUACAAAACGCUCAUUGACGAAAGAACAAGAAUAUAAAGAACAUUUGCAGCGAC